AAAAAAUCUAAUUUCUAUCUAGCAUGAAAAUAAAACAAACAGAAUGUCAUUUUGCUCAUAGCAAAAUGUCGAUCAUAAACUUACAUAUACUUUUAUAUUUUUUUGUAUUCUUUUUACUAUUUCACCGGAUUAAAUGCAACGUGGGUGCUUUAACAGAACAAAAGCAAAAUGCAUCAAGAUCUCAAUAUGAUAUUUUUAGCAAAACUUUGGAUGGAACCGAUAAUUCGACAACUGUUGAAAAUGAUGGUAUGAAACUGAAGUUAAAUGGCGUAUUUAAAAAUAUUCUAGAUGGUAAUUCGAAACCACAAGAGAAACUUGAGCCAAAUAAAAUUGAAGGCGUGCUAUCGCUGAGGUUGCGAAGACAAGCGAAUGAUUAUACCAACUCCGGCGACGAUCACGGAGACGAAACAGGGCUAGAGGAACCUUUGGCAGAAAGAAAAAGAAAGAGAUUUACAACCAAGCCUCCUCCCACUAGUACUACUCCGAAGAAAAAGAAACGUAAAUCAAACGCCCAUUCGAUCCAAUCAUCGUUGUGUAUGAUUUCAUCACUAAUUUGUUUGACAUUUAUAAAACCUAUAAUGUUAUAUAUUUGAGGUAGUUGUAAACUUAAUGCCAAAGUUGUGAAAAUUCUACGUAUUACUGUCUUACAUUAAAACAUUUUGAUAUCGUUUACCCCAGUCAUUGUUUUGAUUUAAUAUAGUAAAAGCCAAGCUAAAAGCAAGAAUAUAAUUACACAAAAUAUGUGGUGUGGAACCCGUUAUGUACCAAUAAGACACAUACGAUAACAUGCCGAAGCAAGAUUUUACAACGCGAAUUUAAAAAAAUCUCAGCAAAGAGUAUUUUAUAGCAAUCCACAAAAGAAAUUUGAAGUUUUAAGUUGUGAUGACUUAUGUCACCUUCAAUUUUGAUUUCUGCAAUGAACAUAAUAAGAAUUUUACACUUACUUUUAUUUAUAUUUAUUAUUUACGUGAAAUGCGAACUUAAAGAAGGAUUAAAAAGUAAGAAUCUCUUACCUUACUUUAGACGAAAGGUAGAAGAAGUCGAAGAUACAGAUGUAGUAGAGACAACUGAAACUGACGAUCCCCGUAAUUUAGUAUCAUUUUUGGUUAAAAAUGUGAGAGAAAUCUUUGAUGAUGAUGUAGUAGAAAAUUCAGAGCAAAUAAAAGAAAAGAUUGCCGCGACUAGAAAACCAAAAGCUAGAAAACCAACUAAAAGUUCAAUUAUAGCUACGAAUGUCACACUCAGUAGCACAACAUCUGCUGUUUUGUAUAGACCAAUAAUUCCUAUUUCAACUACUGAAGCUAAUAUUAGUAGCAGUAGUAUUUCUACUUCUACUUUUACAAAUGAUGUGACGCUAGUUGAAAUUUUACCUCUUACUACUUUGCUAGAUAAGAAGCAUGAAAGCACUGAAAACCUCGGAAUACAGAUAAGGAAUGAUGUCCUACACCUUACAAAAGAUAUAAAUUACUAUUCUAAAACUGAUAAAAAGGAACGGGAAGUUCCCGGUUUUGCAUCUGUACAACCAUAUCCUGUUAACAGUUCAGAAUCAGAUUCCGAGUUAAGUGAUCCGAGACGAUCAUGUAUAAUGUGCGAUAAUGUUGUUUCAGAAGAUUGCAAUGACCCCAAAAAUAAAUUAAUACCGUCGAUAAUGUGUGAUCGUGACGAUGAUUUGUGUUAUUCGUUGCACACGCCUUUUGGAAUAAUCGAUCGUGGAUGCUUCAACGUAAAUCACAAUCUCACCACCUACGUAUGUUCCUGUAAUCUUUGCAACUACAUAUCCAUUUCUGAGAUGCCGUUUAUGUUCUCCAACAAGCGAGAUUGGGUCGAUAAUGUUGUUGAGCUCUCACGUACGAAGCAUUUUAGAAGAUCUGUGUUUAAAGAUAUGUCUUGCUUAAGAUGCGAAGUUAACACGACCACCAAAACUGGGGAUAUGCUAGAUAGCGCGAACUGCCUGGAAGGAAACAUUGGUAAUUUACCAGUGGAAGAUUGUGAACUGGAUGAGGUUUGUGCAGUAAGAGCCCUCAGAGCCGAUGGUUAUAUUUGGCGAGGAUGUGUCAAAGCCCCACUUUACAACUACUGGCUAACAGUUUGCGACCACGAUCUUUGCAACUAUGAUACAAUUCUAAACCUCUAUGACUUCAUCUUUUAAGACAAUUUUUCAUCAAUAGUAUACCGUCACUUUUUUUUAGUAAAAGCUUAUUUGUAUAUAAUAAACGUUUACUUUUUGUACUGUACAUAUUUGUUUCAUUAAGUAUUUAUUUUUAAAACGAAUACUGAACAUAUACCAUUACCAAGUUUCAUUAUAUAGGUAUAGUUGAAUUUUAACUGCCAUAUAGUAUAUCAACUUUCCAAAAGGCAAUACUUUUUUCAUAUUCAUAAAGUCAUAUUGUCAAGUAUUACCACUUUUUUAUUCUUCUAUUUAGCAGAAAUCAUUGCACCAAUUUUAUAAAACAUUCAAUUUAUAUUUUGCAUUUUACUCCAUACCUCGAUAAAUAUUCGUACAAUUUAUUUCAUCCCGGUAUUUUAAAGUCAGACAUUCCGACUGAUGAAACGUUCAUAUUUAUUUCGUUCAACAUAAAAAGCAGACGGCGACUUGGGAAUACUUUGAAGAAAGCAGUCGAGAUCAGAGGGGCAAGCCCUAGAGCCCGUAGGUACCCAUAAUCUAAUUGAAUUUCACGGUUGUGGAUGCACCCCCUUUGAAGGAUUUCAUCUGGCGGAAACAUUUGUGGGCUCGCCUGUACUAAAACUCUAAACCGCUGAUCUGGAAAUAUGAUGUAUCCUUGUUCGAUUUUACAUUCGGUUGCAUUUCGGAUAUGCAAAAAUUUUGAUUUAAAAACUUUUAGUUUUGAUGA